GUUUUAGCCUGUCUCCUCGGUCUCUGGGACAGCCUUUCUUUCACACAUCACCUAACUAACAUACUGGGAAACUAACUCACCUGCAAGCACACCCAAAAGCACCAAGUAAGGCCAGCUUUUUUUUUUUUUUUGUUUUGUUUCGGUUUUUUUUUCUUCUUCUUCCCAUUUUGUGACUAUACUGCCGACUGACAUGGACACCCUGCGAUCCAACUCACUUUGCCACACCUGCAGGGAAACGCAGCCCGGCAGGAUGAAGGUCAAGAAGAUGUCUUCCUCUGCGCUGCUCUUUGCACUGACGCUGAGCCUCUAUGCGGUGGAGAUGACUUCGGCAGAGACGCUUUGUGGGGGAGAGCUGGUAGACGCGCUGCAGUUCGUCUGCGAAGACAGAGGCUUCUAUUUCAGUAGGCCCACCAGCCGGGGGAACAACAGGCGCACCCAGAACCGUGGGAUAGUAGAGGAGUGUUGUUUCCGUAGCUGUGACCUCAAACUUCUGGAGCAGUACUGCGCCAAACCCGCCAAGUCAGAAAGAGACGUGUCGGCCACAUCUCUACAGGUCAUUCCGGUGAUGCCUCCAUUAAAGCAGGAAGUCCCGCAGAGGAAGCCGCAUGUGCCCGUGAAGUAUUCCAAAUACGAGCUGUGGCAGAAGAAGGCGGCCCAGCGGCUCCGGAGGGGUGUCCCCGCCAUCCUGAGAGCCAAAAAGUUCCGGAGGCAGGCGGAGAAGAUGAGAGCCCAGGAGGAUACGGCCUUCCACAGGCCCCUGAUCAGCCUGCCCAGCAAACUGCCGCCCGUCUCUCUCACCACGAACAACUAUGUCAGCCACAAAUGAGCCCGCUGCCAGCCCUUUGCACAGAGUUUGGAAGGACACACAAAAAAAGCCUAGGGGAUUAUAGCUUUGUCUCUGACGUCAUUUCUGUGGCAGUCCUCUUUGACCUCCCCUGCCCUGUCCGAGCCCACCAAACCCCCCCCCCCCCACCCCCCACCACCACCACCACCCCCCCCCCUGCCCGAUUCUCCUCCACUUUUUUCUUGACCCCUGGCCCCCUUUCUAAUACCCCCCCCCCCCCCCCCUCAAACCCCAUCACCCUCCUCCGGAACACAAACAUGCCUUCACAUUCUUCCCGUCUGAACUUUUUUUUUUUGGCUAGCUCUUUCAGUCACCGACACAAAAGGCACAAACACAAACGUGAACAAUUCGGCCGAAUGCCAUUCAGGUGGACCCGUAAGCAAAAGAGUAAAUGGAAGAGAGAGAAAAGGAGAUGAAAGAGAUGUGUGUGGCGUGCAAGUGUCAAGAGGACACCCAGCGGAAUGUUUUUUUUUUUUUUUUUUUUUGUCCUCUUGGAAAACAACUCAAAAGUGAAGAAGAAGCUUGCAUGACAGAAUCCGUUCCAUGUAUUUUGUUUUUCCUGAGGCGAAAAAGAAAAAAAACCUCUUAGUUUUUUAUUUUUUUUUUAGUUUGCACCUCUACCUAUAAAGGGACUUCCACACUGUAAGGAAUUAUUUUGUAAAAUUAGAUUCCUGUUCCAGCACCUUUUGAUCACAAACAAAAUGCAGAAAAGAGUCUGCAGAAAUUGCACAUUGCCACGGAUUACGUCAAAGUAAAGAAAAAUAAAUGGCACUAUUUUUUUAUGAACAAUGAACGUGUAGCUUCAAAACAAUGUCAUGGUGCUAGCUCCGGGAAAGGACUUCAAGAAGAGAUUGAAAAGCACGUUUGUUUUUGUUUUUUUUCUGUUUUUUUUUUUCUCUCCUUUGAAUGAAUUUAUUAUAACUUUCCGUUUUAAGGAAAGUGAGACUUUUAAAAGAAAAAAAGGGGGGGAAAAAAGGAUAUGGGGGAGCUCCUGGCAGUGGCAAUGUCAAGGGGGAUGUGUCACUGAGAAACUAUGGGGGCUCUGACGGCAUCAAGGCUCACAGGAAAUGCAAGCGGCUGCUCAUCACUAGCUUGUCACACGUGGCAAGGGGGACUCGAGACCCUGUCCCUGCCCCUCCCCACCCCCCCGUGUCCCUCCGAGGCAGAUGGACACAGGGAAUAUAAAUAUGGGACACCGUGGACUGCCUGGAUUUGGACAGUACUACUUCCUGUUUACUGUGGCUUUGUGGACUGCUCCGACAGGAAGUAAACAUAGCAUGGACAAGUGGGAUAAUUGAUAAGGAUUUUUGUUUUUGUUUUGUUCUUUUCUUUUCAUAUCAAUUUCAAUGGAAAAAAAAAAAAAAAAAAAAAGGAAAUCCCCGUCUUUUCUGGUACCAUGACAUUCCUGUUUUUUCAUGUUAGGCAUUUUUCAUGGUAACGUUCUGAUGUGUUACUUUACCGUUUUAAAGAAAGGCACAGAUAUUCUGAUUCAAAGGGAAAAAAACAGCAAUAAUGUCAACUAACAUUUAUUUUUAUUGUAUAUCAGUAGUAUUCACAUGCUUUUGCCUGAAAACAAAUACUUGAAUAUAUCUAUCUAUAUAUAUAUAUGAACAUAGAUAUAUAUGUAUAUAUAUAAAUAUAUAUAUAGAUAUAUAAUUAGUUUCCAGGGACGUUAUUUCCUUUAGUCUGAGCUGUAUCUUGCGUAAUGAGCCGCCAAGCUUUUUUUGUUUGUUUGUUGAAAAUACAAAUAAGGGCACUGUAUAAAGGCAUUAUUUAUUUUGUUAUAAAAUAUAUUUGAAAAAUUGGUCCAAAUAAUAUGCGCAGCACUGAUGCUCAACUGACAGAUUUAUUUUGUAUGAUCUCUGUUUUCCAAUUGGAGCUGUAAGGCUUGUUUUUGUAGAUGCUUUGUACCAAAAAAUAAUGUCUUUUUUCCUUCCCUUGUUCAUCUGCCGUUGUUACUUCAAAUUAAUAUUUUAACAGUCUGAAUCUUGUGGGCAUGUCAUGUCACAGAAAUAGGUACAUACUCAUGACCGAUAACGUGGAUUAUGGGAGUGACACAUCGGUUUUAGUCGAUCCACUAUGUUUUGAAGCCACUUUAGUACUGAUGGCGGGGGGAAAAUGUCCAGUCCUCAAUUAAAUCAUGAGUUCAUAAUUGUGCACGGUGUCCUAAGGGGAGUCUUGUUCAUGUGGGUUGUUCGGAUCAAAUGUCACUACAGGGUCUUAACUCGCGCAAUUCAGAGGCAUAAGUGUUACAUCAACGAUCACUACUUUCUAUCUGUCUUGACUUUGGCCUUGAUCAUAUGAAGCACUAUCAUCCAGCCGUCCGACUAUUAUCAUUUUUAUGAAGGGCUAUUUGGCUGAACCAUCUCUAAUGCAGUUGUAGGAUUCAGGUAAAAAUACAUAUGCGCUCUGCAGGGAGGAGUGUUCCAAUUUUUUUCUAGGGUUAUCCAUUACCUUCCAUAAUCAUGCCAACCACUGACACCUUACCACUUCCUCCUUCAUUGGGUUAUGUAUCACCCAUAGGAGACCUAAUCAAUACUAGCCAAACUGAGGUAAAGCCAAUAUUUAUACAGUUUCCUGUCAGAGAUCUUCCAUAUCUCUCUCUGAUUAUAUUCUUCCAUUGUGCAAACAGGCAGACAGUGCAAUUAUUGUUAUUAUUAUUAUUAUUAUUAUUAUAUGCUGGGACUGCAUUCAUUCACUAUUGUAAAGAUCAAACAGGCUACUCUAGUGUUGUUGUAAAUGAAAGACAACCACUUCUUUUGGUAAAUAUGAAGAGAUAUCCUGCCGAGCAAUUGCGAUGUUUUCUGUGUCAGUAGCUCACUCAGCCUCUGUGUAUUUUUAUGGAUUUAACAUCCGCACGCUAGAACGUCCGAAAUGCACAAUUCAUGUACUUUCAUUUGAAAUAUCAAUAAAAACAAACAUUUUAUCAAA